AUGGGCGUCUUUGCCGGAGACAUUGCGGAGUGCGCCGCUGUUGGUUGGGUGUCUAUACUGCACCCAGCUGUUCGGGGUGGUUUUGUCUUCACCGCCCUGGAGUACGGGGUUGAAAAGACGUUCUGGAUUUCGAUGCCCAUAUUUAUGGUUUUUUGA